AUGUUUAAUCCAAAUCAUCGGCAUCCAGGAGCUCCUCACCAACCAAUGAAGUUAACUUUCUUAGAGCAUUUGGAGCGGUGCAAGGAAGAAUACAAUUUUUUACAAAAUCAGCUGCAACAGCAACGUGUCGACAUAGAUAAAUUAUCUCAAGAAAAGGAGGUUAUGCAAAGGCAUUAUAUGAUGUACUAUGAAAUGAGCUACGGUCUUAAUCUUGAAAUGCACAAGCAAACGGAGAUCGCCAAAAGGUACAAUCAGAUUCUGCAACAGAUUAUUCCUCUUUUACCAGCUGAACACCAACAACCUGCGAUUGCUGCUGUAGAAAGAGCGAGGCAAAUAAGUGUUACUGAGCUUCAUGCGGCUAUUGCAAAUCAGAUGCAUCAGCAGCAGUUUGCUAUGUUGCCUGGUAUGACGAUGGCUGCACCAAUGAGUCUUGCCGCUGCCCAGGCUGCACCUUUCCAUCCCAUGGCAGGGCUGGCAGCAGCUGCUGCGGCUGGGAUGGUAAAGGCAGAAGAGAAACCUGAGGAAAGGAACGCAAGUCGUGCAUCAAGACCUCGAUCAAAUACACCUGAAACAAGUCAGGCAGCCAGCAAAAGGCCAAAAGUCGGUUCAGAAGACGGGGAUGGUGAAUUAGAAAUUGAUGUUCAAAACGAUGACUCUUCUGCGAUUAAUGGUAUCAAUUUGAAAAAAGAUGGGAGGGAUAGCGCGCAUUCUAUUUCAUCUGGAGAUUCAACACCUGGUAAGGCGAGGCUAGGUGCGACCUGCGCUACCGCUGAUAUGAACGCGAUGGCCAAUCAGCUGCUAGCAGCCCCUGGUUUGGCUUCUUUCCCUGGGCGUUCUGCUUUAGGUGCAGUUCCACCAAUGAUGGAUCCUCAUGCGCAGGCUCGUUUGAUGGUGAAUAUGAGCCAGGCUACUGCUAUGACUAAUGGGAAGCCUGCCUAUUCUUUUAAAACUGAUGAGGCAGGGCGGAUGCAACCUGUAAGUUUUCCCGCUGAUGCAACUGCCGGUCCUGGUAUUCCGCGGAAUUUAGUCAAGAAACAUGAGUUAUUACAUGGCGAAGUUGUUUGUGCCGUGACAAUAUCGCAACAAAAUCGAUAUGUGUAUACUGGCGGUAAGGGUUGUGUGAAGGUUUGGGAUAUUACCAACUUGGAAGGGCCAAAAACUGCAAUAUCAACACUAGAAUGUUUGAAAGACAAUUAUAUUCGCUCUGUGAAGUUGUUGAAAGAUGGAAAUACAUUGAUUGUUGGUGGCGAGGCCUCUACGAUAGCGGUUUUUGAUCUUGCCACAGAGAAAAUCAAAGUUGAACUGGACAGCGAAGCCCAAGCAUGCUACGCGUUGGCGCUUUCUGCUGAUAACAAGCUUUUAUUUUCAUGUUCUGCUGAUGGGAAAAUUAUAAUAUGGGAUUUGAACGAUUCGAAAAAAAUGCUUGCUUACCUGCCUGGUCAUCAAGAUGGCGCAAGUUGUGUGGAUUUAUCUAGCGACAAUUUUCGUUUAUGGAGUGGUGGUCUUGACAAUACAGUACGUUCGUGGGAUUUGCGUGAACGUAAGCAGUUGCAGCAGUAUGAUUUCCAAUCCCAAAUAUUUUCGCUUGGUUGUUGUCCUACUGAGGAAUGGGUGGCUGUUGGUAUGGAAAAUAGUAAUGUUGAGGUUCUUAACGCUUCAAAUAAAGAAAAAUACUCUUUGCAUCAGCAUGAAAGUUGCGUUUUAUCGCUAAAAUUUGCUCGUUCGGGUAAAUGGUUUGUUUCGACUGGAAAGGAUAAUGUACUGAACGCUUGGAGGACGCCGUAUGGUUAUCGGUUACUACAGGCGAAAGAAAGUUCUUCCGUUUUAUCGUGCGAUAUAUCUGCAGAUGACUCUUUUGUUGUGACCGGAUCCGGUGAAAAGAAAGCUAGCGUUUACGAGGUUUUGUAUUGA